AUGCCGGAUCGUAAUCAUUUACCAUUUUAUAAAAGACGGGUGCUGCUAUCAGAUCCCGAUGCAGAGGUGUCCUCGUGGCCGCUGGAGUUGGUGGCACUGCGGGACAAGAUCCAUGGCGAAGCCCGUCUGACCCAGGAGAAGGAGUUGUCGAGUUUACGCGACGAAUUGUCGGGUAGCGAGGACAAAUGGAAGCAAAAGCGGAACAUAAGCUUCGACCAGAACAGGCAUUUAGAGGAAGUUACUAAAGAAAGAGACGGUCUAAAGCGCGUGGCGGUAGGUCUGCACCGUGUGGUGGGUCAGUUGGUGGCAUACUGCGCUCACGCAGAGGACGAACUGAACCGCACCGUGCUCGCCAACCUGCUCGCCAGGCUCAUACCGGAUCACGACGAGUCGUUCCUAUUGGACGUGUCCCGUUCAUCCAGUCCUGAUGGGUCCGUAGAUUUGAAUACUAGCGCUGUAACGCGACGCGUCCACUUUGCCCCGGACUUGGAGUUAUUGGGCACCGAGACUGCGGCGGAAGCGGACACGGGCGCGCAGGCGGACGAGGCGAGCGUGUUGGCGUUCCUGCAGCAGCAACGAGAUCUCAGCGCAGACAUUAAGCUGCAGCUGGAGCGAUCGCUGCGGAGACUCAGACACGAGGCUACCUCGCUACUAGAUCUCUCCGAAAAACUCGCUACCAAACGUCAUGAAACCAAAAUGUUGGAGUCGAGUCAGGUGGAAAUAACAGAAAUGGUUCAAGAUUUGGACUCAAAACAGAUGUCGUGUGAUAAUUGUGAGCUGCAUAGAAAGAACAUGGAGGAGGCAAUGGCCGAAUGUUUACAGCGCGAGAAUCUGCUGCGGUCUGAUUUGGACGCCGCCAUGAUGAAGAUCGCACAUCUCAUGACCCUUGGAGAUAGACAUUCCAGCGACGUCAUAGCUGAAGGAUAUGGUACGGGAUGCGGGGCGGGUUGCAUGGGGGCGGGGGCGGGAUUGCGCGUCGCUCGGGGAGUGGGGGGCAGCGUCUCGCUGGAAGGGGCUCUGUCCCCGCGCGGCGAAAUUAAUGCUCUCAAUGCUGAACUAGAUGCCCUACAUCGUGAACGAGACGAUCUUCAACAACAGCUGGAGGCGGCAAACCGUCAGCUACGUUCGACGCGUCAGUUCGUGGAGGAACAAGCUCACGAGCGCGAGCACGAACGCGACGAAUUCGCGCGCAGGCUCGCCGACAUGCGU